CGUAUAACCACCAUAAUAUACACGUUCCUCGUAAGCUUCCUAUUGUGCCGUGACAAGUAUCAUCACUGCUAUUCACGUCCUCGCCUUUAUCUGCAUUUAAUAUAAGCCAACAUAAGAAAUGGAGCAAGACCAGACUCCAAGCGAGAAGCCAGGCCAUCCGCCCGCUCAAGCGAUCCUCCACGAGUUGCGGACUGCCGAAAACAGCGCUGCCCAUUUGCUGCCCAAGUUGCAGUCUAUGAAAGAAUCCAACUCCCAUUUGACGCUCUUAGACGUCGGCGCUGGCUCAGGCACCAUCUCUCAACCUACACAUCAGUCACCAUGCAUCGGACCAACACAACCAAUGUCACAAUAUUCAACCUCCCCUUUCCAGACGCAGCUACAUUCACCUUCACUUCCUCAUCGCCACUUUCUCCAAAUGCAAUUCGCAUCGCCAUCCCACCCUCAAGCGGCUGGCGCAUGCGUUUGCAUUGGCACCCUUCCAAAAACCGUGCCGCCGCCUGCGAACGCGUGAGUUGCUUAUCAGGUUUUCUGCACGUCUACGUCGCCCAAGGCCUAUCCGGCAGCUACGACAAACUUGGUUCCACGGGCAUGAGCGUGAAAUUUGCGCCCCGCCAGCGCGUAGCAUGGAAUCGGCUCAAAAAAGAUGCUCAAGUUCCGCUCACGGUUGAUCUGGUGGCCGAUCAUGCUCUUUGGCGAAACAUCUGUAGCGCCAUCCUCGAUAGAGAUAUCUUUCCACAGCUGCGUUCGACACCGUUGUGGUUGAAAGCCUUAUUCGCGAUCCUGGCUGUUGUGCCCUCCUGGAGGAACGGGCUCCUGAGUCUGAUGCUCUGGAUUCAACUGCAGACUAUCUUCCAGGCCCACGACUUCCAUAUGUACCAUGGCUACAUACCAGUAACAUGGCCAUGGAUGUGUCAACCUUUUGGUGGUCGACCGCCAGUUUGGGCGAAGCGCUUGCAAUUACAAAGUCUAUAUUUCAUAGCAAGGGCGGUAAUGACAACUGCGUAUUGGGCUGGGACGCUAUUCCUAGGAAUGAAGGGGGAGUAUGUCGAGUAUACGCCCAGUAGAGACCAGUGAUUGAGUUGGACUGGAGUGGAGCUGGGUUGGAGUGGAUGGAGCGUACAUUCUGACGCUAUUCGAGUGGAUCCGCGAUGGGCCGUGGAGCUCCAAAAUUAGAUGCGCUAUAUGGCCAAGGGCGUGGUGUUGAGGCUGAGGGCAUGCGGCUGGAACGUGGCGCGUCGAAUCGGAUGCAGAGUUGUAGAGAUCUAUUCUAGUCCUUAAAUUGUUAGCCGUGUCACCAGC